AACACCAUGUUGGUUAGCCAGCUACUCUUGCCUGUGUACAUCCUUACCUUCCUGAUUGGGCUUCCUGCCAACAUCCUUGCAUUCUGUACCUUCUGCCGGAAGGUCCACCGCAAACCUGCCCCCAUUGACAUCCUCCUACUGAACCUCACAAUCUCUGACCUCAUCUUCCUCACCUUCUUACCCUUCAAGAUGAAGGAGGCUAUUGAUGACAUGAUUUGGAAGCUACCAGACUACCUGUGUCCCCUCAGCAGCUUUAUGUUCUUCUCUACUAUUUACACCAGUACAUUUUUUCUGACAGGAGUUAGCAUUGAACGCUACUUGGGCGUUGCUUUUCCAAUCCAAUACUCAGUUUACCGUCGGCCACGCUACGCCGUGAUUGCCAGCCUGUUCUUCUGGCUUGUUGGCACUCUGAACCUCAGCAUUGUCUACAUUGUGCCAUUUUUGCAUUCAAAUAACAGCAGUGAUUGUCACAGUCCAAACUGCAGUAUCACACAACCCUCAGAAAUGAAAUGCUACAACAACUUUACCCAAGAGCAACUCAGUAUUCUGCUACCGGUACGUCUGGAGCUCUUUGUAGUGCUCUUUUGCAUUCCCUUCCUUAUCUGUGGCUUCUGUUACAUCAAUUUCAUUCGAAUUCUCUCCCAGUUGCCGCACAUCAGUCGGCGCCGCAGGCUGAGGGCUAUCGGACUGGCCCUUGGAACUCUGAUGGUGUUUGGCGUUUGUUUCGGACCAUAUAAUGCCUCACACGUGGUUGGGUUCGUCCGGGAAGAGAGUGAGGAUUGGCGAGAACUGGCUUUGAUCUCUAGUACUUUAAAUGCCUGCCUAGACCCCAUUAUCUUCUACUUCUCAUCCGCAGCAGUACGCAGUGCAAUCACUGGCUUUGUGAAAGGAAUGAAGGAGAAAGAUCAUGUACUGAAGUGUGGGAAGACUCAGUGUUGCCCUAUGCUGGUCUCUGAGACUGAGAAAUAUAGAGACACACCUCCACCUGACAACCAGAAACAUUCCUUAGGACAAGUGGAAUUAGAAGGUGUUCUAUAGCUACAAAAGCAGUCAUUGCUUUUUUAACUGCAUGACCCCUUACUAUUGUACUAUUUAAUGCAUGAUGUUAAUAAGGAUUAAUGUAAGGAGAAGUUCCAAAAUAUGCACCUAUUCAGGGGCUUCCUGACC